CGCUUGCACCCAGCGCCACUACUGCUACUGCGCCAGUAUUUUUUCUAUCUAUUCGCCGCGCGCGCGAGAGCCAGCCAAGCCAAAGCCAAAGCGAAGAAAGAGCGCGUCCGCGUCGUCGUCGUCGUCCGCCUGCCUGCCUGCCUACCCACGUCGCGCUCGCGUGCGCGCUGCCGCUUAGUCGCGCCAAAAAGGCGGGGGGAGGGGAGGCGCGUGCCUGCCCCCGAUCGCAUAUCGCAUUCUCCACUCGCUUGCGUUUGCCGUUGCGUUUGCGUUUUGCGUAGCAAGGGAAGGGAGAGAGCUCGUGCUUUUGGAUUGGCCGCGAUGAGCUGCGGGGGCGCCGGGCAGAGCGGGUGGCUGCUCGAGUACGGGCUGGUGGAGGAGGAGAUCCAGGGCUCCGACUUCAUCUACAUGGUCGACGACCCCGCGGCCGUCUCCAGCGUGCUACUGGGCUUCGACGUUCCCAGGAAGGAGGACGGCAGCGGCGGCCAGGACAACUCUGCCUCCAAGAAAAGAUCUCGUCCAGAAUCGAGCGCACCGCCGGGCACCAAGGCUUGCCGCGAAAAGCUCCGGCGAGACAGGCUCAAUGAAAGGUUCAACGAGCUCAGCGCGAUCUUGGAGCCCGGCAAGCCGCCGAGGGCCGACAAGGUCUCCAUCCUGAGCGACGCCGCCCGUCUCCUGAGCCAGCUGCGCGCCGAGGCCCAGAAGCUCAAGAGCUCGAACGAGUCGCUCCAGGACUCCAUCAAGAGCCUCAAGGCCGAGAAGUCGGAGCUGCGUGACGAGAAGACGAGGCUCAAGGCCGAGAGGGAGAGGCUGGAGCAAAUGCUCAAGGGCGUCGGCGCCGCCACACCGGCGGCUCCAGCGCCGUUCGUCCCGCACCACGCCGCGGCGGUGGCGGCCGCACCGGCGUACCAUCCGGCGGCGUUCGCGCAGGCCGGCGGCAAGUACGUGCCGUACGCCACCAGCUACGCGCCGCCGGCCGCGUUCUGGCAGUGGAUACCGCCGACGUCCCUCGACACGUCCAAGGACCCCGUGAUGUGGCCGCCGGUUGCAUGAUCAGCUGCUGCUGUCACCGAAAAUGCCGUAGAAAUUGACCAAAGAGCACCUGAUGAAAGCCUCGGGUGCAGUUAUGUGAUUGUGUUGUGGAUAAAUGAUCAAGGAUCAAGGGAUCACCAGAAGAAAUUUCCUGGUGAUCAUUGCUCGCCGGAGCAGUCUAUGUAACAACCCAAUUGCUAAAGUAAUUAAGGCAAUUAUUAUUACAUCAAGAUGGUGUUUAUGUAAAACGUAAAAAAAAAAAGGUGUCCUGUUCCAUCCGUUA